CAUCUCCAUCUCCAUAUCCAUCUCCAUCUCCAUCUCCAUCUCCAUCCCCAUCUUCACCCUCAUCUUCAUACCCAUCCGUGUUAUUGUUCAGGGUCCUCUUUUCACACUUCCUUCCCAAUUCUCGAUUCCCUGAACUGCUCUUUCUUUCACCGGCUUUUCGGGUCCCCAACGCUACUUCGAACCCCGACCCUCGACAUCCGCUCUUAGCCUUGGCCUCAUCUGUCGCGAUUCAAACAAAUAUCUUACCACGAAUCCGACCUUUAUAAAACAGCCAGCCGAUACGAUUUGCAAUCGACUGUUCUACUUCAAUCAAAUAUCAUUAUACACCCCCAGGCACAACACACAAGCUCGUACGAGUUGAGCAACAGAGUUCCACAGGACAUCAGCAGGUGGUCAGAAGAAUAGACUCGUACGGCUGUGCCACGUCAGCUUCAGGACCAGAACUCGGUACGGCAGCAACCACAACUUGUGAGACGACUCCGGGCUGUGCUCAGAUCGUUUGCCUUGCUAGCAGAGGCUCUCUCUACUAAUUAUACCGGGCCUGUUCCCAUCCCUAUCAUAUACUAUCCAUAAACCGUUCAAAUGGCGGUCUUCGGCGGCGAUGUAUCGAGGGGUCUGUUUGCCCGCGCGUGUGUCCCUUGCCCUUCAGUAACACCUGCUUGCCCAUCCUGUCCGACAGGUUCGAAAUGCUCGAUAUCAGUCCAGACCUGCGACACUUGCCAAUCGACGUCCUGUAUUGCCGAUUCUACAGCAGUCGCCCCAGCGAACCCUGAUACGUCAACAGUUGGUGGCGGUGGUGGCUCUGGCCCCAAUGUCGGUGCCAUCGCGGGCGGUGUUAUCGGAGGACUGGCCGCGAUUGCGAUUAUCGGAUACCUUGCGUGGAGAUUCUUUGUCAAGAACAAGAGGGCCCAGUACGAGGAGGAAUAUGCGGAGCAAUAUACCAACCAAGCGACGGAUUCGGAGAAGGAUUUCGCAUCAAGGCGGGACGCGCGUGCGUCUACUCAUACAGUCAGCUCUAUCGCCUCUACCGUUCUCACCAGAGCAUCCAACAUCAUCCAGAUUGCGUAUAUUCCAGGUGUUACGAACAGAUCGGCGCCUUCGACGCCUGGCCUCCUCGUUCCCCCGGUUCCGCCGAUCCCUAUCGCCCUCUCGAGCGCAAGCACCCCGAGCUACGAGGACGAACACUUCUUCAUGCCUGGCGACCUCCGCGACUCUACAUACUCUGCUAUGACUGACCGAACUUCAUACGCACCACGAUCCAGUGUCGCAUCUACCAUCUACGGCAAGAACGCUGUCGUCUCGCCGCUACCCGCCCAGACCGUCAUGAGAGGAAAGGCAGCUGUUAUCAGCGUCAAGUCCAACGUAGGCCACAGUCCUGCCGAGUUAACACCCCCGGUUCCAAGCGUGGACCGCAACCGAUAUAAGAACAACAACAUGCAACCCCCGCCCAGCCCAGUAUCCAGCAUCGGCUCCACCUUCCUCAACAGCGCCAGCGCAGCUACAGCUACGCAGAUCAAGCCAACGAUGGUCAGAGUGACCCCUAAAAGGAUCUAUAAUAAGCCGAAAUCCACGGCCGAGGAGUCGGGUGAGGCCGAGGCGAAGGAAAAUGAUGCUAGUCGCGAAUCCGCAGCUAUCACUAUUAUCGACGACACGCCCACUGUUGAGCAGGGGCCGUUUAGCGAUCCGUCGCCAGCUGCUUCGUCGCCGAGGACGAAGGGACAUAUGAAGAAGGGUAGCUUGAGCGCGGUCAUUGAGGAGGCUCAGACGGAGAAGGCUCAGAGCGAGGCGAGCGCUAAGGAGGAGGCUAAGAAGAAGGAUGGGACGCCGUUUGGCGACGAGCAUGCGACUGAUUGAUCGCAUUUCACCAAACCAAAUACCAAAGGGCUCAACGACGAGCCGACAGAUUUUUCUGUAUAUACUUGAAAGGGCGUUUGGAGGAGUUGGGAAAACUCUUCUUUGUUUAGGAUAGGAUGGAUUUUUGGAGGAUUUUUGUUGAUCUUGGCCGGGAGGGGUUAUGGCUGGGAUGAUGGGGAUGAUGGGGAUGAGAUUGUUGCAAACAGAUGCAGAUAGGUUUAUUCAAACUGCAAAGCAGCCGCCAGACGGGCGAUUUACGACAUUCAAAUACAGCUUUUACAAGCACCUCUCAUGCAUACCAUACCAUUGGCCCCCCCCCUCAUGAGCGUGCGUGAUUUUAGUAAGAGCCGCGGGGGUAGUAGUAGUUGGGCGAUGGCCAAGGCUAGAAGAAGGCUCCUCUCUCUACCACCCAUAUCCCACGGCGUUGGAGCGCUCGGCGUGGUUCGCACGCCACUCACCAGAGCCGAUGAUGAGCAUCCCCUCGCGCCUAUCGCUAUCGCGAGACGGUACCUCGCCGAUCCGUCGCUGAUCGAGCCCAGACGUCCAUUUUUAUACAUCAAAGUGUCCCAUACCCCUCUUGCUUGACAUUGACAAUUCGGUCCAUGGAGUGAGUGGUGAGUGGUGAGUGGUGAGUGGUGAGUGAGAGCUGUGGGCGCCACUGGGUCCACCUAGCAGGCACAGCUCCAAGCUUCAUUGUUCGCCGUGUGGUCCCGCCGUUAUGCCAGUGUUGUGUGGUGUGGUGUCGUAACCCUUGCUUACAUUGUGUGUGUGUGGGUGGGUGGUGUGGUGUGUCGCUUCGCUAACUAGAGUGCUGACGAGAUGGGGACUUGCUGUCAUAGUGACAGUUUCGUGGAGAAGGUGAUUUUGGGGGGCCCAGGACUGGAUUGUGUUUCUUUGCCGCCGUGCUAUUACUGUGCUGUACUGUAAAUCUCUCUCUCGGCGUG